AAAACAACAUACUAUAAUGCCUUGCUAUUAACAGCUUGAAUGAUUUUGAAAGAGUACUCACGGCAAUCGCAAAUAAAAUAAAAUGUUGUUGAAGCAUUUAUAGUAUUUUGGUCAAUCUGUCUUUGUCGUUAUGGCUUUUCGUGAUUUUUAUUUUGAUUGUUGUUUCGCACGGGGAAUAAGUUUUGUCCAGCAACUUCGACAAAUCCCGCGUAUGUGUUACAAAAUGACCAAAAUGAUUUAGGCUACUAAAUUGUUAGAGUGUAAAUAAACUCAGGAACCACGUGCCCGCACGUGCUCUACGCUUUCGCGCCCGAGAACAAUUUCGGGGUUCUUUGUUUCUCAAAGCUCUCAAAGCAUCGGGGAGGUGAGCUGUGACGGCGUGCUGGAGCGGGGAGCAUCUGAGCCUGCCAUCCAAAUCUGUAAGCGAUGGAGGUUGGCGGUAUGAUUCUGGUCUGCAUCGGCCUGGCUGUGCUCAUUAUAGUCACCCUGCUGGUGUUCCUCGGACACCUCGGACUCUUCAGCGAGGUCGAGGUCAAAACGGGCGCCCCGCCGUUCCGCGAACUGACGGUCUGCUACAAAUUCAACCGCGGACCCUACAAGGGCUGCGGCCACCUCUUCACGGAGAUUUACAGCAUCGCUCCGGAGCUAAAGACCAUCGGGUUAUAUUACGAUGACCCAGAGGCGGUGAGCUCGCACGAGCUGCGGUACGCGGUGGGCGCCAUUCUCAGUGACGGCGUGACGCCGGAGCCGGCCGGCGUGCGCCAGCGCGUCACCCAGCACGGCUUCCAGGUGGCCACCUUCCCGGCCAUCGAGCACGCUGUGCUGGCGUCGUUCCCAUUCCGGGCCACCUUCUCCAUCGUGCUGGCCAUCUGGAAGGUCUACCCGGCGCUGAAGGAGUACAUCAAGAAGCAGAGUCUGUGCGCGUGGCCGAUGAUCGAGCUGUACGACUCUUCUGAGAUCCGGUUCGUGGCGCCGCUGACCCGUCAGGAGGAUUUCCUGGUGCCUGAGGCCACCGAGGAGCCGGCAAUGGACUCGGACGGGCGGCUGACCACUGAGGAUGAGGGAGAACGCUCCGGCACUGAAGGCGGCGGCGAGCGGCCGGUGGCGGCGGCUGCCAGCGGCGGAUCCUCGGGCUCCUCUUCGUUCGAGGACCUCGGCCUGACUGCCGGCGGUGACGCCCGGUAAACACACCGUCCCGGACGUGUGUACCGCACCUCUGACCGGGUCUAGCGGUGCGCAUCGGCCCAUCCGCGGCGCCUGUCCGACCUGGGACCGCUGGGAACGGAUCUCUGUCUUUCCGCUCGGCUUUCCACGGCCGCUGUGAGCGCGGCGUCAACUCGCGGUGGUGGGUGCUCGAGCUGCGACCUAGUGCAGUUAGUGCACUGAGGAGCUCGUGGAGCUGCUUUCAUCAGCGACUUUGUGCUUUCAACACCAGAAAACAUGCCCCGCUAACAUUCCGUCUUAGAGUGCAAUUGCGAUGAUAAUCUAUGAAAACAUGCUACAGCGCCUACCGCGCUAUUUUCUGCCAUUCCCAUUCCCCGAUCUGUUGCCGACAUUACCAUAGUUGCUGCUGAAGCUGGUGGAGGAGCUCUUUAUUCCAAGAAAAUGUCUUCAAAAACAAAGCUAGGCUUUAACAUAGUGAACAGCCUAACAACAGGAUACCUAACGACAUAAAACCCUGUAGUUACGCAUUAUUGCAUCGCUUACAGCCCAUAUUCAAGCGCCGGCGAAUCACAAGUUUUACUGCUGCUCGUUUUCGUCUUGUGUAUCGACAUCAUCAUGUAAUUGUAAAAGCUGAAGGCCAGUAGUGAUCGGCCUUGCUUUAAUAAAGCCCUAGAGAGAUA